AUGGGGAUAAAUAAGAGGAAACAAAAGGAACUAUUUAAGUUGAAGUAUAACAUUGACACAAGACUCAAGAGAAGAAGGUGGGUCCUGCAUGCUGGGGCUGGGGCAGAGGCGCAGUCCUGUCUUGUUCCCAGGAAUGCAGUGUGGCUGAUUUGGUCUGAUCCACAAUUUGUUACUGACCCCUCUGCAGAACCUCAAGACUUGCCCCGAGAAGUCUUUGCUGUUGAUCCAACCAGUAUAUGUCAAACUCCAAACACAGAAGUUCUCUACAGGUGCAGGAAAUGCAGACGUGCUCUGUUCCGUAGUUCCAGCAUUUUGUCCCACACGGAGGGAAGUGGACCAACAGCCUUUGCCCACAAGAGGAUAACAGACUCUGCACGGCUUUGUGGCAAUGGCCAUGAAAAGUGCACCUCUUACUUCAUUGAACCUGUGCAGUGGAUGGAGCCAGCAUUGCUUGGAGUAAUAGAGGGACAGCUUCUGUGUCCCAAAUGUGCAUCGAAGCUGGGCUCCUUCAGCUGGAGGGGUGAGCAGUGCUCCUGUGGCCGCUGGGUGACACCAGCCUUCCAGAUCCACAAAAGCCGAGUGGAUGAAGUGAGGACGCUGCCAGUUGGUAACUUCCAAACUGCCAAAACCUGAACUCAUCACUUCACUUGAUGGAUUUCUUAAUAUCCACAGAGAACUACUGGCUAGUCUGUGGUUGCCAGGAAUGAGCUUGUGACUUCUACCCCUUUGGUGAGGUGGUAGAAUUACUUGAACACCUUCAGCUUGCUGUAUCUCUUAAUAUAUUACAUAAAAUAUCAGAACACUUUCUUCAAAGAGGUGUUACAUAGUGGUCAAUGUACAAAAAUGCCCAAAUGUGAUGCUUUUAGUAUAUUCUUAAUUUAUCUGUUGCUGUUUACGGAAGGCCUCAACUCCUUAUUUAAAAGGAGUUGCUGUGGGGGGCAGUGCUGCUCGUCUUCUGAUCCCAAAGUUCCAAUUGGUUUAUCUGAAACACACAGCUGAUAUUUUAGGGGGUAUAUUCCACAGCAUGAGGUAUACAGCAGGGAAAGAUUUUAAGGCUUAGCAAAGUACCAUAAAGUGGUUCAAUUGCAAUUGUUGCAUUAGCGUGCAUGGCAGGUACUAGCAGCAAAAGGCAAGCUUACAGUUACACCUUUUUUGUAAUAAAAGUAAUCCUAAAAA